AUGGUCUUGUCAGACGCCUGUCUGUUUCACGCAACACUCUUUGCAACAUCCUCCUUGAUGGACUUUGUGCAGCAGAAACGCGACAACCCCGUCACCCUCCGCCACAAGGGCGCAACAAUCCGCCUGAUCAACAAGGCCGUCUCGCAGGCGGCAACGCAUGGCCUCCAGGACGAAGUCAUUGCAGUAACGACGUAUCUGGUGUAUUUUGCGAAACUGCUCGGCGACUUCCAAGACGCGGAGCACCACGAUGCCGGCAUAACCGCCAUGCUCGAAUUCAAGGGGGGUACCCCGCCCCCGACGCAUACGUACACGAGUUACUUGCUCAGACUUCGCGAUGUGUGGAACAGCAUCGUGUACCGGGUCGACACACUCUGCCCAUCUGUGGCAGGGCCCCGAGCGAGCUCGGGCUGCUACACCAGCCUACUGGCGAUCGCGAUCCAGAAGCAGCUGGAGCGCCCGCUAGAGCAGAGACUGCCCGUCCCGCUGCUGCACUUUCUCAUCACAUUCAACAACCAGUGCAUGAGCGCUGUAGGGUACGCGUUGCCCGAUCACAGCACAGGCCCCCCUGAAACAACAACCGCCGACCUGGAGCCCCAAAUCCACAACGCCAUGCAAUGCAUCUCCAUCACGGCCAGCAUCUACUGGACGGCGGUGACUCGCGACUUGAACAACAGUUGCACUUACAACAUAACAGACAACGCAGGGGAAAUUGAAAAACUCAAAGCCGCACUGCUGCACGUAGACAACCUCUUCUGGCUGCGUUCCGGACCCGAGGUGCUGCGCUGGAUCCUCAUGACGGGCGCCGCGGGGGCAACCUGUCUGGCCGACCAGGCGUUCUUCAUCCUGCGGUCUUAUAUGAUUACCUCGAUUAUCGAGCCCGAGGAGAUGGAUGCGUUUUUGGUUGGGGUUGAUCACUUAUUGUGGAUUUUUAAUCGAAAGGAUGAGCAGGUGGCAGAGGGCGAGGAUCGGAUCCUGGAUUUUGCUUGGGCUGAGGAUGUUUUCCGACAGUUAAUGUGA